AUGGCGAAAAGUUUGAGAUCUAAAUUCAAGAGAAAGGUCCGCGCUAUUGCUCGCACCAAAAAACAGCCGAAGACUGAUGCAUUCCUCCAGAAAGCCGUCGAAAAACGAGAUCAAUACGAAAAAGUGGAAGCAGAAAAAGCUCUGGCUGACAGAACCACAACUACAGAAAAGAUGGAUGUAACAUCAGACGCUGCCACCAUCAACACUAAAACCCUCAGAAAAAAAGACGGAUCAUUCCCAUCGUGGUUAUCUGGAACGCAGAAGAAGAAAGCUACCAAGAAAAGCAAAGCAAUCAAGAAGUCAAAAAACAAGACUGCCAAAAACUUCCGAUGA